AUGGAAGAAAAGUUAAACAUAAAUAUCAAACGAGAACCGGUGCUUUAUGUGAACAUCAUUUGUAUUGAACUCGGUUCUGAAGUUAUGAAUCUGUCAAUUAAAAUGAAAAAUCAUCAGUACAGUUUACACCCUCAAGCAUCAUAUGCAAUUUGUGGUGGAGAUUUGAGACGAAAGAAAUAUUUAAAAUGUUAA